AUGGAGUCAAAGGUGUUCACUUCAGAACAAGAUGAUGCACUCAUCGAUUUGGUGCGAGAAAAUCCUGUAAUUUUUGACUUAUCUCAAAAAAACUACAAAGAUGUUCUUGUGAAGAAAAAUGUUUGGAAGAAAAUUUCAACUGAGCUUGGGAAAAACGAGGAGGACUGUCGCACGAGAUGGAAAACCAUCAGAGACACAUAUAGAAGAAACAUGAAUCGUCUUAAAGAGAAAACAAAAACAGGAUCUCCUGCAUUCCAGAAAUCCAAAUAUAUUAAUAAAAACUUAAACUUCCUGGAGAAAUGUACGAAGAAAAGAAACGUGGUAACAAGCCUGUCCAGUGCGUCUUCUUCGACAAGUCAAGUCGAAGUUGUCAAUACCUCUAAUCAAGGAGAGAAACCGGAAACCAACGCUUCAAGCUCUCAAGAGAACCAGGCAACCGACGCUUCAGUAAUCAGCCAUCACGAAGACACAGUGAUGAAUGAAGAAGGGUUUGCAGAAGAUGUACUCUUUAGACGUAACUCCUUUGAUUUAGAUAAUGAUGAUGAUAUAGAUGAAGCUUUUGACGCAGAAAACGUAGCCAAAGGUGUUAAUAAAGGUAAGAAGAAAAAUGUAAGAGAAAAGGUACUUGACGAGAUAAAGAUUGGACGGCUGGAACGGUCAAAACUAUUGAGUAACUUGUUGUCAAAUGAAACUAAGCCCCCACAGAAAGACCAUCCUGUUGAUAUGUUUUUCCUGAGUAUGGCAGAGGUCGUGAAGCAGUUUCCCCCUCAUAUCAUUACAGAAGCUCGACUAAAGGUUUGUCAGGUGGUGAGUGAGUUGGAAUUGAAAGCCAUGCAAGAAAAUACUAGGCCUGCCGAAAACGUGAUUACAGUUACCUCUAGGUCUGUAACACCUAAUUUAACAGUCCAUACAUUGAGUUCUGGGGAUUCAGCAGAUGUGGUGUUGCCACCCACAUUUCCAACAAACCCUAAUCAGAGUUAUAUUUUCGGCCCUGAUGACAUAGAUGCAAACAUUCCAAAAACAUUCAUCAAACUGUAA